CAUCGUGGAACCCGCGGGAAGCGGCGCCCGGCGUUCAGGCUCCGCCGCGUCGGGGCAAGCACAGGUGCGGCGCUGCCGGGGCGGAGAGCGGAUCGCGGGGCUCCGGCAGCGCUCGCCGCCGCCGGCUCUCCCCUCGCACGGCGGCCGGGAGCGGCUCCGCGGCCGAAACACCGCACGGUGCGGCUCCACAUGCCGCGGCUCCGCUCGGCGCCAAGGUCUCGCUGCGGGAAGCGGAGCGGAGCCAGUCCCGGAGGGGACCCGCCCGGAGAAGGGGCUGCCCGAAGCCGUCCCCCGUCUCGCCGCACCGCCCGGAGCCGGAGGCGCCCGGGGGCGAAAGUUGGUCGCGGGGCCGGGCCGGGCGCGAUGCCGAGGCGCGGCGCGCUCUGCCUGGGGCUGCUGCUGCCCGUCCUGCUGGGCUGCGGCUCGGCACAGCAGCCCGGCGGCUGCCCGGAGCUCUGCGAGUGCUCGGAGCCGGCCAAGACGGUGAAGUGCGUGAAUAGGAACCUGACGGCGGUGCCACCCGACCUGCCGCCCUACGUCCGCAGCCUCUUCAUCACCGGCAACCCCCUGACCCACGUGCCGGCUGGCGCCUUCUCCGCCCAGCGCCUGCCCGACCUCAGCGCCCUCAACCUCAGCGGCAACCACCUGCAGGCCGUGGAGGCCGGCGCCCUCGCCCUGCCCGCCCUGCGGCAGCUGGACCUCAGCGGCAAUGCGCUGAUCUCGCUCAGCCCACAGGCCUUCGGGGAUGGCGGCAGUCCCCUUGAGGAGCUGGCCCUCCGUGGAGCCCUGCGCGACCACGGCGUCCUCUUCAGCCUAGCCACCCUGCUGCAGUCCGGGGCCCUGCGCAACCUCAGCCGCCUGGACCUGGCCGACAACGGGCUGCUGGUGCUGCCCGCCGGCAUGUUCACCGCCCUGCCCGCCCUGCGGCAGCUGGACCUCAGCAACAACUCCCUGGUGGGGCUGCAGAACGUCUCCUUCCAGGGACUGGGCCAUCUGCAGAGCCUCAACCUCAGCAACAACUCCCUGGCCGUGCUGUGGAACAGCACCCUGGCCCAGUUCCGCAGCCUGCCCACCCUCCGGCACAUCGACCUGGGCCACAACACCUGGGUCUGUGACUGCCCCAUUGAGGACCUGGUGGCCUGGCUCAAGGAGAGUGACCAGGUGGAGGGCAAAGAAGCCCUGACUUGUGCCUACCCUGACAAGAUGUUGGGUAAAGCCCUGCUGAAGAUCAACAGCUUGGACCUGAACUGCUCUGUGCCCAUAGACCUGCCUUCCCAGCUCCAGACUUCGUACGUCUUCCUGGGGAUAGUCUUGGCUCUCAUUGGGGCCAUAUUCCUCCUGGUUUUGUACUUGAACCGAAAAGGAAUCAAAAAAUGGAUGCACAACAUCAGAGAUGCCUGUAGGGAUCACAUGGAGGGCUAUCACUAUAGAUACGAGAUCAACGCAGACCCCAGGUUAACAAACCUCAGCUCCAACUCAGAUGUCUGAUAAAGUGCCCCAGAUGCAGGGCAGAGCACAGUACCUAUGCAUGAAAAGUAGACUUAUGCUUUACCCUCAUGCUUGCUUCCCUUUCUUCUGAGAAGUCUCAGACAUGCUUGUACCCUGGGGUGGAUAUGCCUCCCUGUGAUUUCAAGUUCAUUUUUGUUUUGAGAAGCUGGACAGCUGAGCAUGACGUUCAGCUGUAUGUAGGAAACAAGCUGCUACCUAUUUUCUGCCUUGCCUGUCUGUACUUGUGGGAAAUUUUUUUCAAGAUGUCAGAAGAAAUGAAAGAAUUUUCUCGGAUGCUCCAAAGCCACCAGAGUUUAUAGAACAUUUACCGACGCAGAUGCCGUUCAACAAAAGCUGCCUCAAUUUUUUGGGAAAAAGAUGUUACGUCCUUCUGUGCCAAUUUUGGUCUUGUAUAUCGGAAUUGUGAUGCGAUGAUUACAUUUCACAGACUACUUUGAGAUUUUAAGAAACAAACUCCUUUUAAAAACUCCUCAUUUAUAUAGGAGGAAACUGAAUAGUGAGCAUGCACAAAUACUGUAUAGUUUUACAUGUUAGGAAAUUUAUGAUCUCAGUAAGUCUCUUACUAUUUUGUAGAUAUUUUUGAUUGCAGUUUACCUGAAUUGAGAGAUUUUUUUAUACAAACUGCGUCUAAGCUGCAUCUCCUUCUGAACUGUUCAAUUCAAUAAACAGUCUUACAAGAACUGUUGCGUUUGCUGUUCAAUGAGAAAUGUAUGGACAUCUAAGAAUGUGAAUAGCACUAUGGUCUCAGAAGUAAUAGCUCUGCAGUAGUAAUAUGAAUAAAAUUUUAUAUGAAUAUGUAGCUUAGAGACAUAUGUUUGACAUAUUUUGUGAUAUAUGCUAGAAGAAUUACACUGAUCAAUGAUGGGAGCAGUUUUGUUUGGCACAAACCCCGCAGUCUGCUCUCAAAACAACUGCAAGACGUUGAGACAUGCUAAGGUCCACCUUGCUGGGAAAGUACAAGCUAAUAGAAUUUUCAGAAGGGCUUCUCCAAAUUAAAAAAAAAAAAAAAAAUUCUGGAGUUUGUUAGCUAAAGAAAAUUUUACCUGAAUUUAAUUAUUUAUUAUAAAAAAAACAUACUUAGGUGCCCUGAAGUAAAUGAAAUGCAACUCAUUUGUACAGUUGGCAAGCUUUAGGCUUAUAAAUCACUGCAGCAUUUAUUAGAUUGCUAACUGUUUCCUUUUUAAGGUCUCUGUACUCGUGAAGUUCUGCUGUGAUCUACAUCUAGUAACUUGAUGGAACUUUAUCUUAAAGCAUUUAACAGGUGCAUUUCAGUAUGGUAUGGUACUCAUGCUUCUUACUUGCUUGGGAAUGCAUUUUCUUGUAAAUAGAUAAAGCAUGCAAAAAACCCUUUAAAUGCAUAAUUUAAUAUGCAAUUAUGAUGACAUAUAAAAAGAUUAGCAAGGAUCUUCCAAUGGCUGCCAAUAAUCAGUGCACUUUUUCUAAUCUAUUUAUAGUUUCUUAAUGAAAAAAAAAUACACCAGCUGUAAAAGUGAUGUGACUUAUUAUAUAUCAGUUUAUCUGUGGAGCUUUUUCCAUGAUCACUGUUACUUGAAGCUCUUGAGCAUCUCUCAAAUUUUAUGAAUUACUGGCUAAUUCUUUUCGCUUUCAAAAGUGACAGCUUUCUCAGAUGUGUGGUUUUGGUAAGAGCUCAUAAAUAUAAAAUAGCCCUUAAAGUACCAGAAGAACCAUAAUCUGUUUGGGCCAUCAGUAUUAUUCAAAAGCAUUUUUCAUCUCUGCAACUUUAGACAAAGCAAAUAGCACAAGUUGGUUCAGACUGAUUUUCUAUUGCUUAAAAUUGGAUUUAUUUAACAGUAGUGAUUUUUUUAUAUAGCUUCGUGCAUUUACCCUUAAAAGGAAAAAAAACAAUGGAUAUUAAAUACAAUUAAUGUAUUGUAAAUCAGUAUAUUUUACAAUUAAUGUAAGUUAAGUGAUAACCUUUCUCUCCUGCUGUCAUUUAAAUGUAUGAGCAAUAUCUAGUUAACAGCAUAUGAAUUAAGUUUGUGGAUUCUUAAAAGGCAGACUGCUGGUCUGAAUGUUAGCUGCCCAUAUUUAAAGAAUAGCAUAAAAAUACCAGUGUGAAGAACUAUUAUUGUGCCCCUAUGCAAACUGUUCAUACUUGGUGUACAUCAGAUAGUUUAUGUAAGAAGCUAGAAUUUACAGUAGUUACACGGUGUGCUUCGUUGUAUCGGUCAUUUCGGAGAUUAUCAAUUUACACUUACUUGUAUGGUGCCAAGAGGAGUAGAGCAUCAUCCUAGUUUCAGAUGCUCCUGUAAUACAGUAGACAAAAUAUGUAUAAACCAAGCCAAUUCUUGGGCAUUUUCCUGAGUUUUGUUAACAGACACUUUAAAGUAACUACAGUAAAAGCAAUUAUCCGUGAUGUGUUAAUGUAACCCUGUGCAUUUAUAGAGCUGUGUAAGGACAGGCAACAACUUUACUUGCAGUUUCGCACCAAUGGAGCAAGUAUUUAUAAAAUGGGCAAGUGUAAACUGUUAUACUACACUUAUUAUUCUAAAGAUUAUUAUUACUAUUAUUUUUGUAACUUAGAAAGUCAAUGUAACAGAAAUUUAUUAGAGAUCUGGUAAUUGCUACUUUAAAGCAAUUUUUGUCAUUUGCUUACAUGUGUAUUUAUUAGGAUGUAUCAUUUAGCAUGUGUCAGUGUUGUGGUGGAUAAUGUUCUCCUACUGUGUUUGACCAGCAGUGAAUGCUUUGGUGUUUUGUACAAUGCAUUAUUUGAUCUUAAAUCCCUUUUCAUAAACAGUGCUUGAAAUUUGUUUUGCUUUCCUUUCACACUUAACAGUGGUACUCUGAAGACACAGAAAAAGCAGCUCCCACAGUACUUGGGAACUUGGUUAAAAACUAUAAAUCUAAAAUAACAUGAGUGUAAAGGUUCUUCUGAAGCACAUUUUAUAAUCUUAAUCUUACUCUGCUUUGACACCAGAAAUUCUAAUUGAUUGCUAUUUCCAGAGCAGCUUAAUUAGCAAGGCUGUUUUUUCAUCAUUCUUCAAUAAAACAUAUGCAGUACUAAAUGCUUCUAAAAUGUUUUUUGUAUACAUAAACCCUUAAAAAGUUCUGUAUGACACAGUUGUCACUGAAAAACAUCCAGACUAAAGUAGUGGGCAAAGCUUCAGGGAAGGCUGCAAAGCUAAGAAGUGGAAAGGAUGAUUUUUUCCAAGGUUCAGCUGCUUUAUUAAAACUAUUUUUGGUUGUAACAAGCUUAAAAUUUUCUUAGAAUAGCACAAGGAAUUGACAUAGUUUUAAUAUAUUUUCUUAAAAUACUUUCAAUCAGUGCUGUUGCCAGGUAAGAAAAUCCACAAAUCCUUCUUUAUCCAAGGUAGCUUUAUAUUAGAUCAUCUGGCAUUUUUUUCACCAAGCCAUAAUAUUACCAAUAAUUUUGGCAUCCAGAAAGUGGUUUGAAGUUUUGUAGAAGUGCUUUAAAUGUUUUCAUUCAGGGUAAUUUACCUUUUAAGCACUGGUGACAGUCCCCAUUGACGUGACAGCUACUGUAGCAGUCUGUUCAGACCCGUAUUCUGUUGUUGACUGAGAUGUCACUGAAAACAGGCAUUUUAUUCAAAAUUUUAUUCAAAAUAUGACUGCACUAGGAUCCCAGUCCUCAUUAUUCUACCAGCAUUUUCCCUGUAGUAUACUCUGGUCUUUAUGCAUCUGCAUAAUUUCUUUUUUGCCUCAUUUUCUCAGGAAAUCCAUUAAAAAGAAUAUCGUGAAUCUGCACAGGUAGAGAAAUCAGUCUGACUGCACCUAUGUAUUGAGGUUUAGCGUCUUCAUUUCCCUUCAAACCUUAAUUUGGAAAAAAGAGCCUUUGUCAAACUGGACAGAAUGAAAAUUUGAUAUGCACUUUUUUUCUCUUUAGCAGCUGAAUGUUCAAGAAGAACCAUUCAUUCUCAGCAUAUGAUGAAGGAAAAUAGCGUUUGGUAAGAAAAACGUUUUGGUUUCAAGCUUCAAAAUGACACUUAUAUUCUAUGAGAGAAGGUGGAAGGCAGAACCUUGUAAAGGAAACAGGUUUCUCUUCGUAAUGGGUCAGCACUGGAAAUCACAACGCUGUGAAUAGGAACAAUUGCUGAUUGAUUCUGUCCGUUAUGUUCUAGUCAUUUUUAUAGAUCUAAUUUCUUCCUGUUGCUAUAAAUAGAUUUUGCUAACAAGCUGCAUCCCAUCUUACAAUAUCUGUAAUGCAGGUGUUUCCAAAGUGAGUUUCUUGUUAAACAUCAUAGAAGAUUUAAUUUAAUUCAGUGCCUGCUGAUUUAAUAAUGACCAGAUCAAGCCCAUAACUUAAUGCUCCUUUUUCUUUUGCAAACGUUCUGCUUACUAGUUGCCAAGACCUUGGCUUGAAAUCAAACAAUAAAAGCCCACCAAGGAAGAGAGAAAGCAGAAUGCUUGGAGAAUGUAGCAUUUAUCAGAUAUUUCGCACAGAAAAGAGACCUAAACCACGUGGGAGCUGAGGGUCCCUUUGGUGAUACAGAAGUAAGUGUACUCUGUUAGCUUCUUAAGUCAAUACAGCAGUAGCAGAAAAGUGAUGCUUUGUAUCAACACAAUAAUCCUAACAGCACUUCUCUCGCACAUUGGCAAAAACCCCACCAACCCUUUAGAAGUAAGAAUACGGGUUUGCAGUAUAAGUAUGUCCUUAAAAAGGACUUCGACUUUCUCAACUGUGUUACAAUUUACGUGUUGUCACAUCCUUGGAAAACCUUGCUAUGCCAGAAGUCAUCUGUUGCGUAGGCAAAGCUUGAAAUCAGGCCUUGCAUUCCUAAUGUUAGCCUAAAUAGAAAUAACGAGCUAUUAAGAAAAUUAAACCAGUAGUUUAGACAGUGUACUCAUGGUACGGUUAAUAAUUUAAUACUUGCCAUUAUUCAUAUUUUUCAAAGUAUUCACUAGAUAGCUUUUCCUUUCUGAUGAUAGACUAGCAGAAUAACAGAUUUGUCUUUCUAGUAAUUAUGCAUGAAAGCAUCUGAAUAAAUUAGCAAUACAUACAGUGAUGAAAAUGCUAGAAAUCUUGUAUUCUAGAAUGUUUCACUAUUACAGAAAUUUUGGAUGUGCGAAAAACAGCUGUAACUUUUUCAAACUGAAGUUUGGUUUCCUAAUUAAAAAUUAUUCUUGAAGAAAACCCCAAUAAAAUACUUACCAGAUUGCUUAUAAAUGUUGUAUGUUUACCCUCUUGAUUUUAUUCCUGUAAAUCCUUACAGAUACUGAGGUCUUUACUAAAAGUGUAGUUUGUAUUCUUUUUAGCUUAAAUUGGUGAUUGUGCUGUGGAUUUGCAUGACAAAAUAGGAAAAAAGCAAAGUCCAUCUAGACAGCCUGUUUGAUUUGUUUAGAAAGAAAUUUGGCCAGUGAAUAAAAGGAACUGCGUUUUAA